GCUACACAAUUGAAACAUGCACAAGUCGUACCAACCACUGAAACCUGCAACGAACAAGUACCUGCAGAAGAAAUGGGACCAGACCAGAUACGAGGAGCAUAGGAAUAAGCUGAGUACGGCCAGGCCCAUUGUGGACACUAAAGGCAUUAGAACACCUGCACAUGUUCAGCUGAAACUCAAGAAACUCCAGUUACAAGAUGAGAGGCUGGUCACCAUCGAGAGAGACAACCGUCUCCUGUCCUCCAAGCUGUCUGACAUCGUGCGGUCCAAAGGUCUGGUCGACCACAGGAACCAUUAUCCCGAGAGAAGUCUGAACGCUGAGAAGAGGAGGGAUGAGCUGCUGCAGGUGACUAAUCAGAACCAGGCCAUCUACCAGCGAAUCACGGCCCGUGAAUCUGACUACCGUCGCCAGCUCUGGUUGGACGACUGGGAGAGGGUGGUGCGCAGACGUGAUGACAUCGCUCGUUACCCUCGUGCUGUCGCCAACAAACAGAAAUCCAAGCGGAGGGUGGAGUUUGCGGGCAGUGACUCGGGACAAAGGGAGAAGUCUUCCGAAAGCAACAGCUACAGUGACACCAACACUGACCAGGAGGUGGAGGAGGAGGAGGAGAAAAGGGAAACAGAAGAAAACAAAGAUACUCUAAAUGAAUGAUGAAGUGGGAAAAAAACUAUUGAAAUAAGCAUUACUUUUAGUUUUAUUCAGAAGUCUGUGAUGUUGUAUUCUUUCAUGCCAUCAAUUCCUGUUUUAAUAAA